AUGCCAUAUGGAGCUGAAGCCACUAAAAAACUGUAUAUUGUGUACAUGGGAGAAAGGAAGCACGAGGACCCGCAACAUGUCACAGCUUCACACAAUGACAUGCUAACAUCUCUUCUUGAGAGCAAGGAAGAAGCUUUAGCAUCUAUUGUGUACAGCUACAGACAUGGAUUUUCGGGCUUCGCAGCUAUGCUUACAGAGUCUCAAGCAAAGCUGCUUGCAGAAACCCAUCCAGAGUCACCUGAGGUCAUCAGCAUAAGGCCAAGUAGGAAUUAUCAGCUGCAUACAACACGAAGUUGGAACUUUUUGGGACUGAAUAACGUGCAUCCCACUGAACUCCUUCGAAAGAGCAAUUUUGGAGAUGGCGUCAUUAUUGGGAUCAUUGACACAGGGAUAUGGCCCGAAUCGAAGAGCUUCAAUGACGAUGGAUAUGGCCCCACACCCUCACGGUGGAAAGGAAUAUGCCAGGUCGGGGAGGCGUUCGAUGCCAAUAAUUGUAGUCGGAAGAUCAUCGGAGCUCGAUACUACACUGCCGGGAUCAGCGACCGGAACCGGAAGCUCGAUUUCAUGUCCCCCCGGGACGCCUACGGCCACGGCACCCACACGGCCUCCACGGCUGCCGGCUCCAUCGUGGAGAAUGUGAGCUUCCACGGGCUCGGCGCCGGCGUGGCAAGAGGCGGUGCCCCACGUGCCCGGCUGGCCAUCUACAAGGCACUGUGGAACGGUGGUGGUAACACUGCAACGGUUCUCAAGGCCAUCGACGAUGCUAUUCAUGAUGGAGUGGAUAUCCUAUCCCUCUCGAUUAGAGUGCUAGAGGAGUCGUUUGGCACGUUGCAUGCGGUGGCAAGAGGUAUCACCGUCGUAUAUUCCGCCGGGAACGACGGACCCGUGCCUCAGACCUUGUCAAACACCGCCCCUUGGGUCAUAACAGUGGCUGCAAGCACAAUCGACCGGUCCUUUCCUACCGUCAUCACCCUUGGAGAUCAUCGGAGCUUUGUGGGCCAAUCCAUCUUCUACAACACCACCAAAGGCACCAAUUACAAAGCGCUAGCUUUUGGUGGCAGUUGCAACGAGGAGUCUCUGAAUGGUACUGACUUGGCCGGAACUAUUGUCCUGUGUGUGGUUUUUUCUGUCUCAUCCGAUUAUUCUUUGUACCAAGAUGCUCUGAAAGGUGUUCUGAAAGCUGGGGGAGAGGGAAUUAUUAUGGCUACAUACACAAAUAAUUUCCUUGAAAUGACGGAAGAAUGCAAAGGCAUCACUUGUGUUUUUGUAGAUUUCGUUAUAGCACAUCAAAUUGGAAUGUAUAUAGGUAGUGAAAGCGCGCCUGUAGCCAGCGUCAAACGGACAAGCAAUGUUAUAGGGAAAGAAGUCUUGGCUCCAAAAGUAGCAACAUUCUCCUCAAGAGGACCUUCUGUACUAGAUCCUGGAGUGCUCAAGCCUGAUAUCGCUGCACCAGGAGUCAGCAUCUUGGCAGCAAAAAAAAACUCCUAUGCUUUUUUGUCGGGAACCUCAAUGGCUUGCCCACACGUAGCAGGAGUUGCAGCUUUGCUCAAAUCCAUGCAUCCUAAUUGGUCUCAUGCUGCCAUAAAAUCAGCACUUGUCACCACUGCAUCCACGACCGAUCAGCAUGGCAUGCCCAUACAAGCGGAAGGAUUACCAAGAAAAAUUGCGGACCCGUUUGACUAUGGAGGGGGUCACAUUGAUCCAAACAGAGCUGCUGACCCAGGCCUUAUCUAUGACAUCGAUCCAAAGGAUUACUUCAAAUUCUUCAAUUGUACUCUACAAACAUUUGAGAUGUGUGAUACAAAAUUACAGCACGUGUCUUACCUGAACCUCCCCUCCAUCUCCAUCCCCAAUCUAAAGAGUUCCUUGACGGUUUGGAGAACAGUUACUAAUGUGGGUGAAGUUGAUGCAGUCUACAAAGCGAUUCCUGAACCUCCACCAGGUGUUCAGAUGGUUGUGGAACCUUCGAUCCUUGUGUUCAAUGCCGUUAACAAGGCACAUACCUUCAAGAUUACCUUCAAGCCGACUUCAAAGGUACAAGGUGACUAUACAUUUGGGAGCCUGACUUGGUGGGAUGGAGGUGUUCAUUCGGUUAAGAUUCCUAUUGCAGUCCGCAUUGUGAUUCGCGACCUCUAUGCCGAUAUUGCAUAGCAUUGACAGAAG